AUGAGCGUUGUGAAGCCCUUCAAGCAGUUUGUGAGCCAGUUCCCACUCGUGGUGUAUCCGUCGCAGUCGGCGGACGUGCCGCUGCCGGCGUCUCGCUUUUCGUUUCGGAACAGCCCGCAAACAGCCGACUCGUUCAAUCUUGGAGUGUACAACGUUGUGUCGCUGUCGUUCGACAACCGCGUCGCUGCCUCGCUCGACCCGGUGUGUUUCUACUGCAUGAUCUUGCUCGCCUACAAAAACGGGUACAAAUUGCCGCUGUUGGACGGAGAAUCGGCCGGAAACUGCGUUUCUGUGCUCAGCUUCCAUAGCUCGACAGACGGCCAUUUGCCGGUCCUUAUCGAAGACGAGGACGACAAGAAGGCUCGCCGUCUCAUGCGCAAAGUGCGUUCCGCCGCUACAAUCGAGAAGUUCAACCUAUCGGCCGUCACAAACCCAAAAGAACUCAUGUAUAUUCAAUUAGUCGACACGCGGCUGUACGACUACUUCACCCUGCGCGUGCUGCAGACGUCCGCGAUCAGCGUCUACUGUCCCGCAGGUGAGCUGUUCAGCCGCUCUAUGGAGUGUUUUGUCACGCGCAACAACUUUCACCUGCGCAACCCGGCCAUCGCGGCUCAUGCUACCAGCACGUUCCAGGUCUCGCUCAAGCACUCUGUCCAGGCCGCGCAACAGGAGUCGGACAGAUGCGCCAGCGAGGGAAAACAGCUGCUUGCAUGGCUCGAGGACCUGCUCGAGGACGAGGUGUUUUUCGAAAAGCCAGGGGUGCUGGACUUCAAAUUGGCCGCAUACGUUUAUGCGCUCAUGAACAUCGAGGACGUCGAGCUCGGCUACCCUAAACUCAAGGCGCACUGUCGUCGGAUCAUUGCCGGUGCUAUUUGA